AUGAAGGUGGCGAGAAGGAAAGAGCUUGCAGAGGAAGAAGAAGAAACCCGUCUCCGUUCCCUGGAGUCCGUGCUGAUGCCGGCGGCGAAGAGGCACGGCCACGGUGGGCGUAGGACCCGUGGCGCCUUGCCGCGCGGGGACCUCAUCCACCUCCGCAAGAGCCCGGACUACUGUCGACGAGACGUGAAACGGGGGAUCCCCGGGACCUCCGGUCGGGUCUGCAAUAAGACCAACGAUGCCUCUCGACCUGACUCGUGCCAGGUUCUGUGCUGCGGCAGGGGUUAUAAUACCCAGGUGGUGAUACACGUGGAGAAAUGUGCGUGCAAGUUCCACUGGUGUUGCUACGUGACAUGCAAGAAAUGCACGACCAAGACGGACGUCUAUACGUGCAAAUGACCUCGUGGAGAGGAAGACGCAAUUAAUUAUUAUAAUGCCAAAGCUCCAUCGUUCCAUUGCCUAGCUCGGUGUUUUCGUGUCUCGUGGUGUUCGUUCCCGUCUGAUCGACGUCCGGAGAAAUUUAUAUCGAUUCUAGUGUUCUGUUUCUUUUUUCUAUUUGUAGCCGUAGAAGCGAUUUUUUUGUCGUCCGUCUGUCGUCUGUUAGAAAUAAAGGCAUUCAUGGAUUUACAUA